AUGUCGACUCCUGUUCUCCAUAUUAGGAUCCAAGAGAAACUUGGUACACCUAAAUGUAAAACCAUUCGAGCCCUAUUAGACUCUGGAACGUCGAGUACGAUCCUAGAUUUGCGUCAUGCCAAGAAGUUGCGCGUCAAACGCGCCUCAACAACUUCAUGGGCUACUGCAGCAGGUACCUUUGAAACCAGCCAGAGAGCUAAGGUCUGCAUGCAAUUACCGCAAUUAUCCGAAUCGCUUACCAUUGAUACAGAUGUUCAUUUGGCUAAGUCAAUCUCCCCACGAUACGAUAUGAUUAUCGGCCGAGAUCUUAUGAGGGAGCUGGGUAUCAAGAUGGAUUUCGAAUACGACAUGAUCGAAUACCAAAACUUGUCUAUUCCCAUGACUGAUAUAAACGAAUUGGAUGCUCUGAACGACCUUCAAUUUAUCACCGGUAUUAAGGAGCCAAAAAGCACAGCGGAAGCCGUUGAGCGUGUGAGCAAGAUUUUAGACGCAAAAUAUGCUCCAGUUCUGUGA